GGGGGGGCCUAGGACGGGCUCCAGCCGCGGGAGUGGUUCCCAGUGACCACAACUGGGGCCACCAUUGAUUCGGCGUCUGCCGGGGGCAAAGCCCGGCGCUAAGCAACCCGGACCGGCGUCCUUCCUUCUCACCUUGGCCGCAGCCCCGCGAGGAGACUGGUGGCUGGUGUGGCCUCCGCGGGUGAUGGGAAGCAGUGCCGGGCGGCAGCUGAAGCUCCGAGCAUGAUUCGCAUUGCGGCCUUAAACGCCAGCUCCACGGUUGAGGAUGACCACGAAGGAAGCUUCAAGAGCCACAAAACGCAGACGAAGGAGGCGCAGGAAGCAGAGGCUUUUGCCUUGUAUCACAAGGCCCUGGAUCUGCAAAAACAUGACCAGUUUGAGGAGUCCGCCAAGGCCUACCAUGAGCUGCUGGAGGCGCGCCUGCUGCGGGAGGCAGUCUCCUCUGGUGAUGAGAAAGAAGGGUUGAAGCACCCGGGGCUGAUGCUGAAAUAUUCCACGUAUAAGAACCUAGCCCAGCUGGCCGCCCAGCGGGAGGACCUGGAGACGGCCAUGGAGUUCUACUUGGAGGCUGUCAUGCUGGACUCCACGGAUGUCAACCUCUGGUAUAAGAUCGGACACGUGGCCCUGAGGCUCAUCCGGGUGCCCCUGGCUCGCCAUGCUUUUGAAGAGGGGCUGCGGUGCAACCCUGACCAUUGGCCCUGCCUGGACAACCUCAUCACUGUCCUGUACACCCUCAGUGACUAUACGAGUGAGUCGGGCUGUGACACUUUCUCCCAGGCGCUGUGUUUUGGGGACAGCGGAGGGAGGGUGGCUUGGGUGAGAGGAAGCCCAGAGCAGGAACAUGUAUCUCCGGUAACUGGCAGGCGGUUAAGUGACAUGUCGAUCCAUGAUGUGUCGGUGAGCGCGGCUGAGACGCAGGCCAUCAUAGAUGAGGCCCUGGGGCUGCGGAGGAAGAGGCAGGCGCUGACGGUGCGGGAGAAGGAGCCGGACCUGAAGCUGGUGCAGCCUAUCCCCUUUCUCACCUGGAAGUGCCUGGGAGAGAGUCUGCUGGCCAUGUACAACCACCUCACCACCUGCGAGCCGCCGCGGCCCAGCCUCGGCAAGAGGGUGGACCUGUCUGACUACCAGGACCCCAGCCGGCCUCCGGUGUCCGCGGUGGUGGUGACGCCGGUCGGCGCGGUCCCGCCCAGCCCCGUCAGUGCCAGCUCCUCCAUGACCGUGGCGGAGCCUGUGCUCGCCUACUCCCCCGUGGCCACAGCCAGCUUCCCGCUGCAUAGCCCCGGCCUGCUGGAGACCGGCGUCCCCCUGGGCGACCUGUCUGCAGGAGAUAAAGCCAAGAAGGGAGUGAAGCGGAAGAAAAUUCCGGAAGAGAACGGGGAGACAGCGAAGCGGCGGUCUGCCCGCGUCCGGAACACCAAGUGCAAAAAGGAGGAGAAAGUAGACUUCCAGGAGCUUCUGCUGAAGUUCUUGCCGCCCAGGCUGAGGAAACUGGACCCCGAGGAGGAAGAUGACGCCUUCCACAGCUACGAAGUCCAGUCGGAAGCCAAGCUGGAGAGCUGCCCGAGCACUGGGCCUCAGAGGCUGUCCUUCGACUCGGCCACAUUCAUGGAAUCUGAGAGGCAGGAUGUGCACACGUUCCUGCUGGAGAACUUGACCAACGGGGGCAUCUUGGAGCUGAUGAUGCGCUACCUGAAGGCCAUGGGCCACAAGUUCCUGCUGAGGUGGCCCCCGGGGCUGGCGGAGGUCGUGCUCAGCAUCUACCACAGCUGGAGGCGGCACAGCACCAGCCUGCCCAACCCGCUGCUGCGGGACUGCAGCAACAAGCACAUCAAGGACAUGAUGCUGAUGUCCUUCUGCUGCAUGGAGCUGCAGCUGGACCAGUGGCUGCUGACCAAGGGCAGGAGCGCCUCGGUGUCUCCUCGGCACUGCCCUGCUGCUGGUGUGGCGAAUGGCAGGUUUGGGCCUGAUUUCCCGGGAACCCACUUCCUGGGCGACCUCCUGCAAAUGUCCUUUGCCUCGUCUCAGCGGGACCUGUUUGAGGAUGGCUGGCUGGAGUUUGUGGUCCGCGUGUAUUGGUUGAAGGCUCGGUUCCUGGCUCUGCAGGGGGACAUGGAGCAGGCGCUGGAGAACUAUGACAUCUGCACAGAGAUGCUCCAGAGCUCCGCUGCCCUCCAGGCAGAGGCCGGGGCCGAGCAAGGCGACGUCGUCAUCCGGCUCCCCAACCUCCACAACGACUCGGUCGUUUCCCUGGAGGAGAUCGAUAAGAACCUGAAGUCGCUGGAGCGGUGCCAGUCCCUGGAGGAGAUCCAGCGGCUGUACGAGGCUGGUGACUACGAGGCCGUCGUGCAGCUGCUCCGCCCCACCUUGUGCACCAGUGGGUUUGACCGGGCCAAACACCUGGAGUUCAUGACGUCCAUCCCCGAGAGGCCGGCGCAGCUGCUGCUGCUGCAGGACUCCCUGCUCCGGCGGAAGGACCACCGGCAGUGCUUCGAGUGCUCCGACGUGGCUCUGCACGAGGCGGUCCAGCAGAUGGUGAAUGCCAGCGAGGCCGCAGCCAAGGAGGAGUGGGUGGCCACCGUGACCCAGCUGCUGCUGGGCAUUGAGCAGGCACUCUCGGCGGACAGCAGCGGCAGCAUCCUGAGGGACGCGUCCGCGGCCACCGGCCUCACCCGGCUCACCAACAACCUGAUCCAGAUCAUUGACUGCAGCAUGGCUGUGCAGGAGGAGCCCAAGGAGCCCCACGUCUCCUCGGUGCUGCCCUGGAUCAUCCUGCAUCGCAUCAUCUGGCAGGAAGAGGACGCCUUCCGCUCCCUGUGCCAGCAGCAGCAGCUCCAGAGCUCAGCGGAUGAAGCGAUGGCCGAGACAUCCAUGCUCCCGUCCUCCCUCAUGCUGCUCAACACCGCCCACGAGUACUUGGGCAGGAGGUCCUGGUGCUGCAAUUCGGACGGGGCGCUGCUGCGGUUCUACGUCCGAGUUCUCCAGAAGGAACUUGCUGAAUCCACCUCUGAGGACACACACCCCUACAAGGAGGAGCUGGAGACGGCCUUGGAGCAGUGCUUCUACUGCCUGUACAGCUUCCCCAGCAAGAAGAGCAAGGCCCGGUACCUGGAGGAGCACUCGGCCCCGCAGGUGGACCUCAUAUGGGAAGAUGCCCUCUUUAUGUUUGAGUAUUUUAAGCCCAAGACCCUUCCUGAAUUUGACAGCUACAAGACCAGCACCGUUUCUGCUGACUUGGCUAACCUCCUGAAGAGAAUCGCCACCAUAGUGCCCCGCACAGAGAGGCCGGCCCUGAGCCUGGACAGAGUCUCUGCGUACAUUGAGGGGACCUCGGCCGAGGUCCCUUGCCUCCCAGAAGGGGCUGACCCCUCCCCUGCGGUGGUGAAUGAGCUCUACUACCUGCUGGCUGACUACCAUUUUAAGAACAAAGAGCAGUCCAAGGCUAUCAAAUUCUACAUGCACGACAUCUGCAUCUGCCCUGACAGGUUUGACUCCUGGGCAGGCAUGGCCCUGGCCCGGGCCAGUCGCAUUCAGGACAAGCUGAAUUCCAAUGAGCUGAAGAGCGACUGGCCCAUCUGGAAGCACGCCACGCCUGUCCUCAGCUGCUUCCGGCGGGCCCUGGAGAUCGACAGCUCCAACCUGUCCCUGUGGAUCGAGUAUGGCACCAUGUCCUACGCCCUGCACGCCUUCGCCUCGCGCCAGCUGAAGCAGUGGAGGGGCGACCUGCCCUCGGAGCUCGUGCAGCAGAUGGAGGGCCGGCGGGACAGCAUGCUGGAGACCGCCAGGCACUGCUUCCUGUCGGCGGCGCGCUGCGAGGGGGACGGGGACGAGGAGGAGUGGCUCAUCCACUACAUGCUGGGCAAGGUGGCCGAGAAGCAGCAGCAGCCGCCCACCGUCUACCUGCUGCACUACCGGCAGGCCGCCCACUACCUGCACGAGGAGGCCGCCCGGUACCCCAAGAAGAUCCACUACCACAACCCGCCUGAGCUGGCCAUGGAGGCCCUGGAGGUGUACUUCCGCCUCCACGCCUCCAUCCUGAAGCUCCUGGGGAAGCCUGAGUUUGGGGUUGGUGCCGAGGUCCUGGUCAACUUCAUGCAGGAGGCAGCAGAAGGGCCCUUUGCCAGGGGCGAGGAGAAGAACACGCCCAAAGCUUCAGAAAAGGAGAAGGCCUGCCUGGUGGACGAGGACUCCCGCUCUUCAGCUGGGACACUGCCGGGCCCCGGAGCCUCCCUUCCCUCCUCCUCUGGCCCAGGUCUGACAUCCCCACCUUACACAGCCACUCCGAUUGACCACGAUUACAUCAAAUGUAAAAAACCCCACCAGCAGGCGACGCCGGACGAGCGCAGCCAGGACAGCACGGCCGUGGCACUCUCGGACUCCAGCUCCACCCAGGAGUUCUUUAACGAGCCCCCCAGCUCGCUGGAGGGCGCCCGGAAACCCUGUGCUGAAAAGAGGCCGCCUGUUCUCAGUUCCCAACCAGGACCAACUGGCAAAGACCUUCCAGGGGCCACAGAGGAAAGAGGGAGACCCGAGGAGUCCUUGGAGAGCACAGAAGGCUUCCGAGCCUCAGAGCAGGGCAGCCAGAAGCCCGCCGCAGACCCCCCAGCCUCUGCCUGCAUCCCCGUCAAGGCCUCCGCGGCUGCUCCCACCCUGUGGGACGGCAGGAAGAGAGGGGACGCCCCCGGGGAGCCAGCAGCCUUCCCGCAGGGGCUGCCGGCCGGGGCCGAGGAGCAGCGCCAGUUCCUCACGGAGCAGUGCAUCGCCGCCUUCCGCCUGUGCCUCAGCCGCUUCCCGCAGCACUACAAGAGCCUGUACCGCCUGGCCUUCCUUUACACCCACAGCAAGACCCACCGCAACCUCCAGUGGGCCCGCGACGUGUUGCUAGGCAGCAGUAUCCCGUGGCAACAGCUGCAGCACAUGCCGGCACAGGGGCUCUUCUGCGAGAGGAACAAGACCAAUUUCUUCAACGUGA